UCUACGAAAACUUACUUAAACAAAAAACGGCAUUUUUAUGUUUUGUAGAAAUCAUUCGAGCGUAUUAUUUGGGGAUUUCCCAACGUCAAAACGUAUUUUUGGAUAUUAAACGUUAAAAAAUGGAGUCUUCUCGGUACUCAAAGUUUUGGUUAAAAACAUCAGCUGCUGUGGGCUGUUUGUCGUUACUUGUAUUUGAAACAGUAGUCUUUAUUGCAAUGCCUUCUUCCACGAAAUAUAAGAUCUAUCGAUUCCAAUUUAUGAUCGUUUUGAACCUCGUUUUUUACCCGGGAUCCAAGUAUUUUUGGAGGCGUCUAGUUCAAAAUUUGGUGAGCCCCAAGACGCCGGCACUGGUAAAAUACGCGUGGAAAGCGGCUGUGUUAUCAUUUAUCAUAAUGGCUCACUUUUCUUCAAUGUGUGAAUACGUCUACAUGGGAAUUGAACCGUCGUACAUAGCGAUGGCUUCAUGGACUUGUUUUGGCAUGUACAUCAUCUUAUUUACAUUUUUGGUCUCAAUGGGAGCAGUUGGUUUUGUGUUAAAACGCCUUAAAGGUCGAGUGGUAUUCAAGAAGAAACACCAGUCUUUAAUUUCUGCUUUGUUUACAAUAUGCUUCACAAUAGUAGCUGUUAAAACAGCGAUUAUGGAACCAAUUAUUGUUAAUGUGGAGAUCCAAAUUGAAAAUCUUCCAAAAUCAAUGGAUGGUACAAAGCUUGUUCUUAUCAGUGAUAUUCAUCUCGGUCCCACAGUUGGUCGCUCAAGCGUUGAGAGAAUCGCUACAAUGACCAACCAACUUAAACCAGAUAUUUUAGUUAUGGCAGGAGAUCUCACAGACGCAACUGUUGAUGCUAUGGGUGAAGCAGCUGAACCUCUUAGUAGAAUCAUUGCACCUUAUGGAAAAUACUUUUCUACAGGCAACCAUGAAUAUUACACUGGGGAUGUGGAAAACUGGUUUAAACUGUUGGAAAGUUUUGAUUUCCACAUUCUGCAUAAUUCAAAUGUAAAAAUUCAUGACAAAUCUGAUGAUAAGCAGUGGAUUUGUAUGGCAGGUGUUGACGACAUACAAGCUGACCAAAUUGGAUAUACAGGACAUGGAAUGAACUUGAAACAAGCAUACGAAGGUUGUGAUGAGAAACAUUCUACAAUACUUGUGGCACAUCAACCGAAAGCAGCAAAAUUUGCGCUUGAUUCUGAUUACAAAAUUCAACUGGUUUUAUCAGGGCAUACCCACGGAGGCCAAAUGUACCCUAUAAUAUGGCUUGCAUAUUUCCUCAACCCAUAUUUGAGUGGAUUGUACCAGCAUGGAGCAUCCAGUUAUGUAUAUGUAUCUCAGGGAAGUGUCUAUUAUGGAUUCCCGCUAAGACUUGGUUCAUAUCCAGAAAUACCAAACAUAGUACUUAGAUCUGUUUGACCCUGGAGCUUUUUAUUUAAAAAAAAAAGUUUUUUUGAAUUUAAAGAUGUUUGUAAUGUUACUGUUACAAUUGUGGUUGUAUGUGUUGACUAUGUUAAUUUUGUAAGCAGAAACAUUUUUUGUGGAAUAUCUUUUUAAAAUUAUAAUUGUGUGUUCUACAAUGAAUUUUACACUAGUGCUGUACUAAGGAAAUGUUUCUUUCAAUUUAUCUAAAAAGAACUUAUAUUUUUAUAACAUUAGCCAAUAGCUAUUACAGUAGCUUUGUGUCAUACCUAAGGACAUGCAACUGCAAUAAAAAAUCUGUUUAUUUUCCAAGUAAAAUAUGUUAGCAACACAUGUGGUUUAAAAUCUAAAUCUAUCUUAAAGAAUGACCCAUCCAAUCGUACACUGGUACUGUACUCAGUUUUAUUAUUUAUUGUUUAUGCAAUUCCCGUUAUCAAAAUCUUUGUUUAUCUUUUCUUCAAUCUUCAAGUUUCACAUUCCAAAAAAAGUUAUCUGAAUAAAUUAACCUGUAACUCGAUGGUAAA